UUUACGUAAUGGAAGAUGCGCGGUUACGUCAGCGUCAGUUUGACAAACAUGAGGCGCAUACUCAGUAGGAAUUUACUGAGGCAUAUCGGUAUAUUUGGUAGAAAUACUCCGUCUCACGCCUCUUUGACAGUGGGACGACAACAAAGCGUUUUUGCACUGAAUUUGUACCGGAAAUCAACGAGUGACAGUACAAGCAUGGACCUGAGUGACAUGAGGAAGAAAUACAAAGGAGAUAAGGAGUGCUUUGAGGAGAGUCAGCUUGUAUCUCUGGACCCAAUCAAACAAUUUGGAAACUGGUUUGAUCAAGCCACAAAGUGCCCUGAAAUCGGAGAGGCAAAUGCUAUGUGCAUUGCCACUGCCACCAAAGAUGGACGUCCAUCCGCUCGUAUGGUCCUCCUGAAGGGUUACAGCAACGAAGGUUUCCGUUUCUUUACAAACUACGAGAGCCGAAAGGGUUCUGAGCUGGAGAGCAAUCCUCAUGCAUGUCUGGUCUUCUACUGGGAACCUCUUAACAGACAGAUUCGCAUUGAGGGCACUGUGGAGCGAAUCCCCUUCCAGAGCUCCAGUGACUACUUCCACUCCCGACCAAAGAGCAGCCAGAUCGGGGCUGUCGUGAGCCGACAAAGCACUCCGGUUCCUAACAGAGAUUAUCUCAGGCAGAAAAAUGCAGAACUGGAGGAGAAGUACAAGGACACAGAGGUGCCUAUGCCAGACUACUGGGGCGGCUACAUCGUCAAGCCUUACCUGAUCGAGUUCUGGCAGGGUCAGACCAACAGACUUCACGACCGCAUCGUCUUCACCAAGCCGAAGGACGGAGAGUCUGAGCUGGGAGAGUUUCAGCACGCUGCAGAGGGAGGCUGGGUGUACCAGCGGCUGUCCCCAUGAGAAGUACCUCAACAAACUGUCAUAUGCAAGGAAGGAAAUUUCAUCUAGGAUUUUAUCUCAUCAUUGAUUAAAAAAAAAUCACCAACUUUACCUCACUUAAAGUAACUGCUCGCAUGUACGUACUGAUGGAAACCAUUUGAUUAAAUAGGUGCUACUGUGUGUAGGAUUCAUCAACAAGCCAAACGUCAUUGUGUUGUCUUCGAGCCAUGAAAGGUUCUUAAUGUCAGAACACGUUGUCACACAGUGUUUUCAGUGGUAGCCAUGGACAACAGAGGUGUGACGGGUGUGCACUGCGCUGAACAGCUUUACAUUUUCCAUGCAUAAUGAAAUGAGAAGACGCUGUGUCGGUCAGAAAGUAUACUGACCGACACGGGAGAGCGAACUCCACCUGGUCUUGUCAAAUAAUGAUUGACAGUAAAGCUGGUUAUUCAACAGUGUUGUUGUUGUUAACCUUUAGGAAGUGGAAACUGUGUGUGUACCGAUGACUGUCCACUUCUCAUCAGUGCUAAGUAGCAGAGUUGCAAUUGUUCUCCAUUGAUGCAACUUUAUGUGGUCCAUUUUCAAUGUUGAAAUAAUUGGUAACACUUGAUUUUACAGGUUUGUAAUUUCCUGAUAAGAAGAACUACAAUAUGUCAUUUUGCACAAAUUACAGGGAAAAUAGAGACAGUUGGUCGAGUUCAGUCGGUUGUGUUGAGUUUAUCCAUUUAAACCCAAAUAAAUAGUCAGUGGUCACUUUAUUAGGUACGCCUGUACAAUCCAAAGCAAUCCAACACAGCUAUUCUGCCAUAAAGUCUAUUUUUAUGAUGCUUAUAAUGUUCAGUUUUUGUUGACGCUGUCAUAGAGGUGUAAUUCAGUUAUAUGUUUUAGCACUGACGUCAUAGUUGGUGGUAUUUCUAAUAUUUCUCCUUUUUUUGUUAAAUUAUAUGUUUGACUGUAGACAAAAGUCACAUUUUAGCACGUCCAGCUGAGCACUUACUAAAGAUUCUCUAGGUUAUGUCAGCAAUUAGUUUGAAUUAAUGAAUUGAAAGUGUAUUGAACAACUGAACGCUGUCUCCAUUUCCCUUAUAAUUAGUACUAGAUUACAUAAUUAGUACUAGAUUACAUACCACGAACCUUCUUAUGAAUUUACAGUUGCAUAUCAGUAUCUUUCCAGGAAAUUAUAGGGAACUAUAGGACCCAUAAAAUACAGUGUAACUGAGUUAUUCCUAUGGCCCUUAAAUUCAUUAUGGAUUGAUUUUAGCAGUCUUAAAUCAAGACAGUAGGUCUAACUGCCUUUUAAUAAUGAGAUUAAAAGAGCUGAUUUGAAUUGUGCCAACUAUCGUGUGUAUUAUGUAUGUACUGUAUUAUUUCUUGUAUUAUUUGUGAAUGAGUUUGUUGUUUAUUGUUUACUGAUGGAAGAAUAGGAUAUUGUUAUUUUGACUUGAAUUAACUUUGGAAUAGAGCCAGUAAUAAAGUUUAGUUUGUAACUGAG